AUGUACAAAUCGCAUCCCAGCCUGCGGGCAGGAGGAGAGCGCGAUGUAGCCCUUGGGAGGUGCCGGGGUGACGACUGGGGUGACGAUGAGGAAGGCCCCACGUCAACAUUCACCCUGGAGGAGAUGGAGGCCCUGCUGCUGCUGGCCCUCUCCAUCCUGACCGGUGCCGGCUGCCAGGACUGGGGGGUGACCCUGCCCGCGGACCCUGUAGCUGGAUGGAGCGGCUCAUGCGUGACGAUUCCUUGCUCCUACACCUACCCCGAGGAGCAGCUCGUCAGAGCCGUGACCUGGAGCCGGGACAAGGAAAGAAUUGUGCAGCUCACCACAGCAGCGGAGCAGGGCUAUGACAAGGUCAAGCGCGCCAAGUUCCUGGGCAACCUGCAGCACAACUGCACCCUGCGCCUCAACCCGCUGGCGCUCAGAGACGGGGGCGCCUACUCCUUUGAGUUCCAGACCCAGAGCCAAAACUGGAGAAGCCCCCGAGCCGUGCACCUCACGGUGUCAGGUAAUCCCCGGCUCCUCUUGCAGAAACGGUUCACCAACAACCCAGCCUGGCCCGGCCGGCCCCCCCGCCUGAAGGUCCUGGUGGACACAGACGUCCCAGGCCCGAUCAGGGAGGGUGACUCGUUCACGCUGAGAUGCGUGGAGGAGAGCGGGUCGCUGGACCAGGUCUACUUCUGGAUUCACAACUACGAGGACCUGCCCAUGGGCCCCUCUCAGCAGAUUGAAGGGGCAACCUUGUCUCACGGGGGCAAUUACACCUGCAUGAAGUGGGUCUCCGACAUAGGGUGUGCCUACCUGGCUAUAUCCCCCACCACCUAUGUGGCCAUCCUUGUCCCCCCUGUGGUGCAUGUGGUGGCCACCCCAGGCCCUCAUCGCAGCACGGGGGAACCUCUAUCCUUGACGUGCCGGCUGGACACGAGCGCCUAUAGCGGAUUGGACUUCUCCUGGUACAAGGAUGGCGAGCGGCUGGGGUUGACACAGGCGGAACUGGCUUUCCCGGGCGUCCAGGUGGCUGAUGGGGGAGAGUAUCAGAAGGCCAAAUCACACUUGGAGUUGCAGCAAGCAAGAGAUGUUAAGAGUAACAAGAAGCGUUUCUUCAGGUAUGUUAGCAACAAGAAGAAAGUCAAGGAAAGUGUGGGCCCCUUACUGAAUGAGGGAGGCAACCUAGUGACCGAGGAUGUGGAAAAAGCUAAUGUACUCAAUGAUUUUUUUGCCUCUGUCUUCACAAACAAGAUCAGCUCCCAGACCGCUGCACUGGGCAGCACAAUAUGGGGAGAAAGUGACCAGCCCUCUGUGGAGAAAGAAGUGGUUCGGGACUAUUUAGAAAAACUGGACGUGCACAAGUCCAUCGGGCCGGAUGCGCUGCAUCCGAGGGUGCUAAAGGAGUUGGCGGAUGAGAUUGCAGAGCCAUUAGCCAUUAUUUUUGAAAACUCAUGGCAAUCGGGGGAGGUCCCGGAUGACUGGAAAAAGGCUAAUGUAGUGCCCAUCUUUAAAAAAGGGAAGAAGGAGGAUCCGGGGAACUACAGGCCAGUCAGCCUCACCUCAGUCCCUGGAAAAAUCAUGGAGCAGGUCCUCAAGGAAUCAAUUAUGAAACACUUAGAGGAGAGGAAAGUGAUCAGGAACAGUCAGCAUGGAUUCACCAAGGGGAAGUCAUGCCUGACUAACCUAAUUGCCUUCUAUGAUGAGAUAACUGGCUCUGUGGAUGAGGGGAAAGCAGUGGAUGUGUUAUUCCUUGACUUUAGCAAAGCUUUCGAUAUGGUCUCCCACAGUAUUCUUGCUGCCAAGUUAAAGAAGUAUGGGCUGGAUGAAUGGACUGUAAGGUGGAUAGAAAGCUGGCUAGAUCGUCGGGCUCAACGGGUAGUGAUCAAUGGCUCCAUGUCUAGUUGGCAGCCAGUUUCAAGCGGAGUGCCCCAAGGGUCGGUCCUGGGGCCGGUUUUGUUUAAUAUCUUUAUUAAUGAUCUGGAGGAUGGUGUGGACUGCACUCUCAGCAAGUUUGCCGAUGACACUAAACUAGGAGGCGUGGUAGAUACGCUAGAGGGUAGGGAUCGGAUACAGAGGGACCUAGACAAAUUAGAGGAUUGGGCCAAAAGAAACCUGAUGAGGUUCAACAAGGACAAAUGCAGAGUCCUGCACUUAGGACGGAAGAAUCCCAUGCACAGCUACAGACUAGGGACCGAAUGGCUAGGUAGCAGUUCUGCAGAAAAGGACCUAGGGGUCACAGUGGACGAGAAGCUGGAUAUGAGUCAACAGUGUGCUCUUGUUGCCAAGAAGGCUAAUGGCAUUUUGGGCUGUAUAAGUAGGGGCAUUGCCAGCAGAUCGAGGGACGUGAUCAUUUCCCUUUAUUCGACAUUGGAAAUCCCAUGUGCCGGGGAGAUUCCCUGGCUCUCGGAUGGCGACGGCGACUAUUAUAACAGCUCCAAGGACUAUUGUAACUGA